CUUACGUGAUUUCGUCAUCUUGAAAAAUCACCAAGGGGAACGGAACAAAAAACGAGGAGGAAGCGCAGAGAUGAAGGCCGUAGGUGGCUAAACACGAGACAAGACAACUCGAAACAAAUUAAAUAAACAUUGAAACGCUUAUGAUUCAACAAAAGAAUACAUUUCAGAAGAAUCUAGUUAAUCAUAGCUAGAUUACUCUGCUUGGAUAUUGUUGAUCUAGGCCAGCCAUCAUGGCGACAGACAUCGGCUCCCCGCCGCGGUUCUUCCACAUGCCGAGGUUCCAGCACCAGGCCCCGCGGCAGGUGUUCUACAAACGGCCUGACUUUGCCCAGCAGCAGGCCAUGCAACAGCUGACCUUCGAUGGCAAGCGCAUGAGGAAAGCAGUCAACCGCAAGACCAUCGACUACAACCCCUCAGUCAUCAGAUAUCUGGAGAACCGGUUAUGGCAGCGGGACCACAGGGAUUUCCGUGCCAUCCAACCAGAUGCAGCAUGCUACAAUGACCUUGUUCCUCCAGUGGGUAUGCUGAACAACUCCAUGAAUGCUGUCACCACAAAGUUUGUCCGAACUUCCACCAACAAAGUGAAGUGUCCUGUGUUUGUCAUAAGGUGGACUCCUGAGGGUAGGCGUCUCGUCACCGGGGCCUCCAGCGGGGAGUUCACCUUGUGGAACGGACUCACGUUCAACUUUGAGACCAUUCUACAGGCCCAUGACAGCCCUGUGAGGGCCAUGACCUGGUCUCACAACGACAUGUGGAUGCUGACUGCCGACCACGGAGGCUACGUGAAGUACUGGCAGUCCAACAUGAACAACGUCAAGAUGUUCCAGGCUCACAAGGAGGCGAUUAGAGAGGCCAGUUUCUCACCUACGGAUAAUAAAUUUGCCACUUGCUCUGACGACGGAACAGUGCGCAUCUGGGACUUCCUGCGCUGCCACGAAGAGAGAAUUCUAAGAGGUCAUGGUGCUGACGUGAAGUGUGUGGACUGGCACCCCACCAAAGGCUUGGUGGUCUCUGGUAGCAAAGACAGCCAGCAGCCAAUCAAAUUCUGGGAUCCAAAGACAGGCCAGAGUUUGGCUACACUUCAUGCCCAUAAGAACACUGUGAUGGAAGUGAAGUGGAACCUCAAUGGUAACUGGCUCCUCACAGCUUCGCGUGACCACCUGUGUAAGCUCUUUGACAUCCGCAACCUGAAGGAGGAGCUCCAGGUGUUCAGGGGACACAAGAAAGAGGCCACAGCCGUAGCAUGGCACCCCGUCCACGAGGGGCUGUUUGCCAGCGGAGGCUCGGACGGAUCACUCCUCUUCUGGAACGCAGGUGUGGAGAAGGAGGUGGGUGGGAUGGAGAUGGCCCACGAGGGCAUGAUCUGGAGUCUGGCAUGGCACCCUCUAGGACACAUCCUGUGCUCUGGGUCCAACGACCACACCAGUAAAUUCUGGACAAGAAAUAGACCUGGAGACAAAAUGAGGGACAGAUACAAUCUGAACUUGUUACCAGGAAUGUCAGAAGAUGGAGUGGAGUACGAUGACAUGGAGCCUAACAGCAUGGCUGCGAUCCCUGGCAUGGGAAUCCCCGAGCAGCUUAAAGCUGCUAUGGAGCAAGAGCAGAGUGAUGUUACACCCGAGUUGGAGAUGUCCAUCCCGGGCUUGGACUGGGGGAUGGAGGAAGUCAUGCUGAAAGACAUGAAGAAGGUUCCACAGAAGAAAGUGCCCUACGCUAAACCCAUCCCUGCCCAGUUCCAACAGGCCUGGGCAGACAAUAAGGUGCCCGCGAUGCCCCCGGGCGGAGAGAUGCCCAAAGAAAGGAAGGUGGAGCAGAAAGGGGACGGGAAGAAAAAGUCACAGGCUGACAUGGAGCAGGAGAUGGCAGCCCUGCAGUACACCAACCCCAUGCUUUUAGAGCAAAUGAAGAUGGAGCGAAUGAAUCAGCUGCAGGCAGAUGGCAGCUUGCCUCCACAGGGCCAGCAGGCACCAAUGCCUCCCUUCCCUGGCCAGGGAGGGCCCAUGCCCCCUCCCCCUCAGGGCUUCCCGCAGUCCAUGCCCCCCCAGCAGAUGCAACACAAUAUGGGCCCCCCCAUGGGCCCAGGUGGAAUGCAGGCUCCAUUCAUGCCUCCUGGACAGAUGGGCCAGCACCACCAGGGGCCCCCUCAGGGCAUGAUGGGGCCACCAGACAUCCACGGCCCUCAGGGCAUGCAGAGGCACCCAGGUCCUCACAGAAACAUGGGCCCACAGGGGCCACACGGAAUGCCUCCUGGACCCAGAGGUCCGCCUGGUGGGAUGCAAGGGCCUCCUGGUGGGAUGAUGGGUCCCCCACCACGAGGAAUGGGGCCUAGAGAUACUCAGGGGCCCCCUCCACAUGUUCCCCAAGGGAACAUGAUGGGUCCCCAGGGCCCCAUGCAGGGUGGGAUGAUGGGACCCCCUAUGCAGAACCCUACAAGGACACAUGGAAAUUAUGGGAUGGGCAAUAUGCAAGGACCUCCUCCUGGAGGGAUGCAUGGCCCACCUCCGGGUAACAUGCAGGGGCCCCCAGGCAAUAUGCAGGGGCCACCCGGAAACAUGGCGCCAUCGUACAUGCCACAUCAGCAGGCGGGUCAGAACUCUGGACCAAUGAUGCAUGGGAUGGGACAGCAAGGACCCAAUGGCAAAGAUUCUCGAGGUCCUCCUAACCACCACAUGGGUCCUCUAGCCGACCGCCAGGGCCCAGGGGGACCCGGGGGCCCCGACCAGGGCUCGGCGCCUUACUGGGGGGGGGACUCCCAGCAGGGGCGUGGGCGUGGACACCCAGACUUUGAGGGGGGUCAAGAGUUCCAUGGCAGGGGAGAGGACAGCUGGAGGCAAGGGCCUGGCCAGGGUUACCAAGGAGGGCAUCGGGGAGGAGGAGGAGGAGCAGGAGGUGGUGGAGGCAGUGGAGGUGGAGGGGGUAAUGGAGGGAACUGGGGCUCCGAGGAGAGGUUCCCCCGUGACGGAGGAGAGUUCCGCGGACGCAGAGAUGACAGAUAUGAUAAUUAUGGGGGCCCGGGAGAGGAGUUUGACCAGAGGCAAAGAGACAGACGUCCUCCUCCGAGACAUGGCCAGGACUCUGAUGACACGUACAGAGGGGGCGGCGGGCCAGGGCGCUCGGGAGGCCGGGGGUUUUCUGACGAGUACGGUGGACAGGAGGAGAACUUCGAGGGCCCGGACGAGAUGGGCCGAGGGUGGGACAACGGAGGAAGGGGGAGACCCCCCCGUGGAGGUGGACCACCGAGAGGAGGUGGUGGACGCAAGGGCUUGCUCCCCACCCCCGAUGAGUUCCCCCCACACUUUGAGGGAGGCAGAAGUCAGGAGUCCUGGGAGGGCGGGAGAGACCAAGGUCACGAACCGUACCGCGAGGGCCAGAGACCGGAGCACGCGAUGCAUGACAGCCCGUCACCUGCCAGCCGCGAGCGCUCCUCCUCCCUGCAGGGCAUGGACAUGGCCUCUCUGCCCCCGCGGAAACGGCCCUGGCACGACGGCCCGGGCAACGGAGACCCCCGCGACAGAGAGUCCCCUGGGACAGGGGCCGAGGACAGGACAGGAGGCCGACCCCCACAGCGAGAGGAUGGCAGUUACGGACCCUCGUCCCGCGGAGGCCGGGGAGGCUGGGGCCCUGGCGCGGGUAGCGCUGGGCCAACCACUAGGAGAGGGACGGUCCGUGGUGCCCCCAGGGGAGUACGCGGUCGGUAGGGCUGGAGAAAGACUCAACUACAUACCCCCAACACCCGACCACCUCCUCAACCCUGCCCUAAUACUCUUGGCUCACCCCACCCUUACCCCCUCACAAGGACAGAAUGCAAAGAGGACAGGGACCAAAAAUGAGACACAAACACUAU